AUGCCUGGAUUGCUUCUUACUCCAGACACAGAGUUCAAGACUCUUAAAUUCAAGAAGUUGCAUCCCACAUUCGCAGCUGAAGUCGAUGGGGUGGACUUCUCAGCACCGAUUCCUGACGAUGUGUUUAAAGAGAUUCUUGCUGCAUCAGCCAAGUUCGGUGUGGUUGUAUUUCGUAAGACAGGCCUCGAUGACCUGGGACAUGUCGAGUUCUCACGUCGCUUCGGUGACCUCGAUGAUAUUCGGCCAUAUAUGGUGAACGGGCGAAAGCCACGAUAUGAGUAUUACGAGCUCUUUGAUGCAGGCAACAUCGACUCCGAAACGAACACGGUCUUGAUGCCAGAUAGCGCCAGGGCACAGUAUAACAAGGGCAAUGCUCUGUUCCAUGUUGAUUCGUCUUUCAAUCCUCGACGGGCAUCAUAUUCGAUCCUCAAGGCUCACGAGCUGCCACCGCCGAACACUGGGGGCAACACAGGGUUUGCUGACAGCAGAACUGCCUUCGAUGAGCUCGACCCUGAAUUGAAGGCAAAGCUUCUUGAACAUGACUAUGUUGGGGCACAUUCGCUGUAUUCGUCACGAAAGAAGGCGGCACCCGAAUUUUUCAAGGACGUUGAUGUAACAAAAUACCCGAUGCACAGACAUCGCAUUGUGCAAAGACAUGAACCUUCGGGAAGAAUGAAUCUCUAUAUUGCCGCGCAUCUGGAUCAUGUGGUAGAUCUGCCAUCAACAGAGUCUCAAGAGCUUAUGGAGAAGCUCAUGGAUCAUGUUACUCAAGAGAAGUACACUUUGAGCAUUCCCUGGAACGAUCCUGGCGACUUGGUGAUCUGGGACAACACGUAG